CGGCCAAGCCUGCGUCGCGUUUCUUGAGACCAACGCUCAUUCAUCAAGACAUUGCACCAUUUUGAUCGUCGACGGCCUGCGCAGGCAUGGCUAGUCUAUCAGAUGACGGUCUAGCAGAAGUCCUAUCAAACAUGCCAGAUUUCUCGGCACCAGCCUUUUCUUCCGCAGGCCAACGCAAGUUUCAGCUCCAACUGCUCCUCGAUAACAAGGAAAAGCAACUACAGCAGGCCGGAACUCUCGGUCAGCGCGUUCUUGCACAGCAGAUAGAGCUUGAAGAGAAGAUAAGACAACUCCAGGAAUUUGAUGCAGAACGUGCAGAAGACGAGGAACUAGAUACUGACGCGCGCGAACGCUAUCGCGAACUAGCAGAGACCGUCGCUGCUUGGGACGCAGAGAACGCCCAGCUAUCUAGUGCUUUUGGCCAAAAACGUCCUCCUACCCAGCAAUCAUCUCCGACCCUACCGAUCAACGAUCUUCCUCGAGAGGAGCCCGAGCGCUCCAAAGCCUCAGCUUCAUCUGCUGCCCAGUCUCGUCGUGCCAAAAAUGCUGCCCAUCGAGCAGACGAUGUCGAAUUUGCGUUCGAGAUAGGAAGCGGACUGCUUACCGAAGUGCGACGGCUCCAGAGCCUUCUCGGCGAGCGUGACAAGGCCAUCCAAGACAUGAAGGAGGAGAAAGAUGACCUUGAAAAGACCGUAGAGUCUCUACGUACCGCGCUUCGAUCGCAAGAACAGAGCUCAGACAAGUUCAAAGAAGAAAACUGGAACCUCGAAGUUACUCUCCAAGAAGUCCGUACCCAGUAUUCAGACUCGCAGUCAACAAUCGUGCGCAUCGAAGGCGAGCACAAGCGGGUUACGAAACAGCUCAACAACACUCGAGAAGCAGCAGACCAGUACAAAAACGAAUUACAGCGUGUCCAAACUGCAUACGAUGAUAUGAAAGCUAAGCACGAGACAGACGUGGCACAAGCGCGUAAGCAUGCUGCGGGUCUACAGCGCGACAAGUCAGACUUGCAAUCCGCGCUGGAUGUACUGAGGGCGGAGGUAGAGAAAUCAAGCCGUCGCCUCGGUCCACGAUUCGGGAGUCCACUCACGCCUGGUGCAAGCCAGGGUAAAGAGUACUCGACCCCUGCUGCAGAGGAUGAUGAUGUCUUUACCACAGCCAGUACCACCAACAGGCGGAAAAUGGACAGUUCAGCUGUGUUUCAGCCUGACGCAUUCGAGGAUCUUGUAGACAUUUCCCCUGACCCGUCACCAUCACGCCCAUUCCAUGCGAGCAACCACCCCAAUAACGAGAUCGAGGCCCUUCAGCAGCGGCUUGCCCACGCCCAGAGGCAGAUCAGUACCCUCAAGGGCAGUUUGCAUCGCGAGAAGGAGAUGCGAAUGGAAUAUAAGCGCAAACUAGAGUCUUCCUCUGGGUAUGUACAUGCUGAGAACGAGCCUCCAGAAGAUGAGACGAAUGACGAUGACGAGACUGAGACUAAACAUCCUCGCCGACUGACGCCAUACCGUUCUGGUGGUGGCAGAGCCAGAGGCAGGAGAGGGAGAGGAAGGUCUUCCCUUGUUACCAGGCUCGGCAUGGCAGCGCAAAGCCCCAGUACUACAUCUGACUACAAUGCCUCUCCUCCACCACCCAUACCGCUUCUCCCCGACUUCGCCGAUGAUAUUCUUUCCGACGAGGGUAACGCAGAGGGCGAGCCGGAAGAGCAAAACCUUGACCCCUUACCUUCUCCUUCCUCGAAGCGAACAAGCGUUGACGGCAUGGACCCAGUGUUCGCAAAUGUCCUCCGCAAGUCUGCGUCAUACAGCGCGUUCCCAAGCCAAUCUAGCCCGCUUCGCCAUUCCCUGCUGGCUCGCUCCUCCCCUCGCGGCGUUGGGCGUGGUGGAGCCCCACCACGACGCGCUCGUGGCGGUGCUGCUUUCCAGGAGGCCAGACCGGCGUCCCUUGUUGGGGAGCCUGAGGCUUUAUCUGCAGAGCUUGGCAUUACGUCUGUUACUGAAGAUGUUGAAGUCAAGGUCACCGCUGAAAUGGCGUGUCAGACCGACUUCGAGGACGUGACGGUGCUCGUACCCUCGCCCUCUUUCCUAGCGAAUGACACGGGUGUACAAGUCGAGCAAGCCCUUGAACCUGUGCCAGCAUCUCCCACCACUUCUGAAAUGUCGUGCCAGACUGAUGAGUUCUUUGUGGUGCAUAUGGAAACAGCUGUGCAGCACGAGCCUACUUCUCCUAUUGCAGCCCGCACAAGCUUCUACCAAAUGCAGCCCCCCGAUCGCGUUUUCGUCGCACGGAGCUCGAUGAGGCGUACGACGCUUACACAGUCUGAUUUCUCUCGUUCGUCAGAGGGCAUCCCCGGUGAAGCUAACGGCCGGCGGCCCAUUCCGGGUGGUUUCUCCUCUGAGGAGGAGAGUGACAUCGAUGUUGACAUGGACGACGGAGCGACGGAGACCGGUGUAGAAACAGAUACAGAUGUGGACGAUUACCACGACGCGCGGGGGAGUCUUGCUACAGAGUCACGGGAGGACUUCCAUUCUGUGUUGACGAUGACGGACAACGACUUUUCGGAGAGUGAUGAUGAGAGUGUCAGGGCGCUUGGAAACUCAAGGCGGUCGUCAGUAUCAUCUACAACACAACAUCGGGAGUUACUCCAUCGUGACACAGCUACCUACGAGGAGAAGGGUGUUGGUAUGGAUGACGUUGAAGAGCCGAAGGUCAUCGAGGUUAUCAAGGAAGUGGAGGUCAUUAGGGAGGUGGAAGUCAUCAAAGAGCCAGAGCUGAAGGAAAUGUCUGUUCAAACGGAUACAUUUACUGCUUCACCCGUUAUUGCAAGUUGGCAAGACACCUCUGCGUCGUCUGUGACCCCGACUCCCACCCCCGCACCUUCUGUCCCUGUGUCCCCCGCUCUCUUCCGAGUGGGUGCGGCAGUACAACAGUUCCAGUUUGUUCCUGCACCUGCCAUUGCAAUGCCCGCUCCUCCUUCCCCCUCUCCUAUUCGUGACUCUAGUCUCAGUACCACAAGCUUCGGCAUCAUUCGCUCUGUUACCUCUAAUACAGACCAUCGACAGUCAGUUGAGUCUACAGUCUCUUCUGGCGCCGACGAUGGAACUCGUCGUUCAAGGACCGCCUCUGUUGUGCCCUCUAUUGUAGACAAGACUCGACCCCCUAUGAUGGCCUUGCCGCCACCACCUCGCCAACCGCCUCCGUCCGGCACUAUGCCACCACCCCCUUUUAUCCCGGAACGGAGAAUAGCUACUACGUCAUCGACAUCGGACGCGCCGCCACCUCGUCCAUCCUCCCCCCCACCUCCAGAACUCGUACAGCGCGCCACUACACCGACCUUUGGCACAAUGCUAUCUGUGCAUAGUAGAGGGAGUGCUUAUGGUCCAAGGCAGCAUGGCUCGAGCAUGCCCCCGCCACAAUCAAAUUUACGGCAGCCGCCAUCCACAAGCAGCUUCCGGUCUGCUGCCAAUGCUGCGGCGUAUGCACAAAACUCGGUUCCACCGUCUGGCUUACCAUCAUGGGGUGUGCGCGAGCAACAGAGGAGUCAGAUGUCGAGCACAUCCCUGGCAUCGGAUAGAAGCGCACUUUCACCACGGUCGUCCAUGUCUUCGGACCACAACGUUUUCUUAAACCGCGCACCCGGUGUCAGCGUGCCCAUCAACCCUGGCAAGAAUGUCGAACAGCCCAACGAUAACAGGCAUAGUAUGUCCACAGACCCUGCUGUCAUCCAUGCGAUUACCCAGACCAUGAUCGGCGAGUUCUUGUACAAAUAUACCCGGCGCACCAUUGGCAAAGGCUAUGGAGAGAAGAGACACAAGCGGUUCUUCUGGGUGCAUCCGUAUACCAAGACUUUGUACUGGAGCUCUGCUGACCCUGGAUCAUCAAACGUUUCAGAAUCGAGUGCUAAGAGCGCUUAUAUCGAAGGUGUUCGCUCUGUUUUAGAUCCCAAUCCCAUGCCUCCUGGUUUAUACCAGUACAGCGUCGUGAUAUCCACAGCUCAGAGAGAAAUGAAGAUCACUGCGCCUACCAAAGAACGCCAUGACAUUUGGCUCAAUGCUUUGAAAUACCUGCUUGCUCGUCCCAGCCCUCCGAUAACACCAUCAGUCAGUCAGAAUGAAAAUGCGGCCGCUAUGAGUCCCAUGUCUCAAAGCGCAGAGUUCACAGAUGAUGAUCACCGUCAUUUGAUUGAUACCAGUCCCAAAAGUCAACGAAGUGGCCACAGCAGCCAGAACGGUGGUACCUUCAACACCACGCCGCGGGGCAGCCGGAGUAGAUCACAGAUCUCUGUUCGAGGGUCUGUAGGUAAAAGGUCUGGAACGCCGGCCGCAGAAUACCUCCGAUGGGCAGCGCCCGAGAGCCCUUACAGCCCUGCGAAGUCCUUCGAACGAGUAAUGGGUCAUGGCCAUGACGACGACGACCUUGAGUUUGAACUCCAUGGUCAAUCUCAGUCGGACGACGGGUUCGAAGGCUUGGAAAAUGUGCGCGCCUGUUGUGAUGGACGUCAUACUGUCGGUCACUCUGGUCAUCACCACCACACCCACAAUGGUGACCACCUCCUUGAAGUUGGCGCUCCCGCACGGCCUGUGUCUCCUGCGUGGUCGCUUCGAUCACGAACGGGGAGCACACACUCUCAUGAUGCAGGCGGCUUGUUUUCAUGGGGCCGAGGGGACGAUGGGAAGCUUCGCUUUGGCUCUCGUCGAUCUACAAAGACUGUACCUAACGCUGUUGGUGAUCGGUAG